AUGAAGUUCUACAAGCGCACCAAGCGCCAAGGCCUGCGAGAGGCACGCGCCACCGAGAAGCUAGAGAAGCAACAAAAGCUCGAGGCAGAACGCAAACGUAGGCAGAAGCAUCUUGAGUUCUUGUCUGCUGUGCUGCAGCAYGGCAAGGAUCUGCGUGAAUAUCAUCGCAACAAUAAGGCUCAGUUGGCGCGCAUGAACAAGUCGGUGAUGAAUUACCAUGCGAAUGCGGAGCGUGAACAGAAGAAGGAACAGGAGCGCAUUGAGAAGGAGCGUAUGCGUCGUCUGAUGGCCGAGGAUGAGGAGGGCUACCGCAAGCUGAUUGAUCAAAAGAAGGACAAACGUUUAGCAUUCCUGCUGUCGCAGACAGACGAAUACAUUAGCAACCUCACCCAGAUGGUGAAGCAGCAUAAGGACGACCAGAUGAAGAAGAAGGAGGAGGAGGGCAAGCGUCUGCAGCAAUACAAAAAGGAGCUGUUGAUGAGCGGCGAAUAUGUCAAUAUUGAUGAGAGCAGUAUYGCRGCCGAUAUGCGCGUCCAUGUCGUAGAGCAAUGCAGCGGCAAGAAGCUAACAGGGGAUGAUGCACCAAUGCUCAAGCAUUUACAUCGCUGGCUCAACAUGCACCCGGGCUGGGAUUGGAUUGAUGACGAUGAUGAUGACAAUGACGAGUCGCCCGAGAAGAAGCCGAAACCAAAGCUCGAGGAGCAGCCGCAGGAGCGUAAUGCCGCUGCCGAGGGAUCUGAGGAUGCUACAGAUAAAUCUGCGCAGCCAGGUGAGGCGGGCGCCAAUGAUUUGAUCAAUCAGGUGAAAGUGGAGGACGAUGAAUAUCGCACUGAGGAGCAAACCUAUUACAGCAUUGCCCAUACCGUGCACGAAAAGGUCACCGAGCAGGCCAGUAUUAUGGUCAAUGGUCAGCUUAAGGAGUAUCAAUUGAAGGGUCUGGAAUGGCUCGUUUCGCUCUACAAUAACAAUUUGAAUGGCAUUUUGGCCGAUGAGAUGGGUCUGGGCAAAACCAUCCAAACAAUUUCUCUGGUCACCUAUUUAAUGGACCGCAAAAAGGUUAUGGGUCCAUACCUAAUCAUUGUACCGCUCUCAACUCUGCCCAAUUGGGUGCUGGAGUUCGAGAAGUGGGCGCCUGCCGUAGGCGUGGUCAGCUAUAAGGGCAGUCCACAGGGCCGUCGUCUGCUCCAGAAUCAAAUGAGAGCCACCAAAUUGGUCAUAUUCGAUUCCGAUUGGAAUCCGCAUCAGGAUCUGCAGGCACAGGAUCGUGCCCAUCGUAUCGGUCAGCGUAAUGAGGUGCGUGUGCUGCGUCUCAUGACGGUUAAUUCGGUGGAGGAGCGCAUUUUGGCCGCGGCCCGRUAUAAGCUGAACAUGGACGAGAAAGUCAUUCAGGCGGGCAUGUUCGAUCAGAAAUCUACGGGAAGUGAGCGUCAGCAAUUCUUGCAAACAAUUUUGCAUCAGGACGAUAACGAGGAGGAGGAGGAGAACGAGGUGCCAGAUGAUGAGAUGAUUAAUAUGAUGAUAGCGCGCAGUGAAGAGGAAAUUGAAAUAUUCAAGAAAAUGGAUAUUGAACGAAAGAAAGAGGAUGAGGAAAUACAUCCGGGCAGAGAACGUCUCAUCGACGAGUCUGAGUUGCCCGACUGGCUGACCAAGGAUGACGACGAGGUGGAGCGUUUCCAUUACCAAUAUGAUGAGGAUACCAUAUUGGGUCGUGGAUCACGACAGCGCAAGGAAGUUGACUAUACGGACAGCUUGACCGAAAAGGAAUGGCUGAAGGCUAUCGAUGAUGGCGCUGAAUUCGAUGAAGAGGAAGAGGAGGAUCUCGACUCCAAGCGCAAGCGUCGCAAGCGCAAGAAUCGGAAAGACGAAUCCGAUGAUGAUUCACUCAUAUUGAAGCGCAGACGCCGCCAGAACUUGGACAAGCGGUCCAAGAAGCAAAUGCACAAGAUCAUGAGCGCUGUCAUCAAGCACACGCAGGAUGGUCGCACGCUGUCUGAGCCAUUUAUGAAGCUACCCUCGCGACAACGGCUGCCCGACUAUUAUGAUAUUAUCAAGCGGCCGGUGGACAUUAAGAAAAUACUGCAGCGCAUCGAGGACUGUAAAUAUGCGGAUCUCAAUGAGCUGGAGAAGGACUUUAUGCAGCUCUGCCAGAAUGCGCAAAUCUACAAUGAGGAGGCGUCGCUGAUCUAUCUCGAUUCUAUAGCGUUGCAAAAGAUUUUUGUCAGUGCACGGCAAAGAGUUACGGCGGCUGCGGACGCGGCUGCUGUGGCCGCUGGCGAGAACACUGGUGAUGCUCAUGGCAAUGGCGGGGGCGCCGGUGGCUCCGAUAAUUCGGACAAUGACGACGACGAUGGCGAUGAUGGUUCCGAUGAUGAGGAGAUAGCCACCACAUCUGCGGCGGCCGUUAAAAUGAAGCUAAAACUUAAUAAAUCGCUGGCCAGUGCGCCAGCCACGCCCACACAAUCCUCAGCAGCUGCCUCRGUGGCCAGYGGUGCAGCGACCACUUCYAAGAAGCAGACGCGUCGGAAGCGCGCUCAAAAGAAGUACACCAUUUCGGAUGACGAUGACGACGACAUGGACUAG